AUGGAUUUUCUGGACGUCCGGCUCAGGUUCACCAGCCGACCCAUAAUGCACCAGGAGCAAUCCUGGACCACAGUCCGGACCACAGUCCCAGACCACAGUCCCAGACCACAGUCCCAGACCACAGUCCCAGACCACAGUCCCAGACCACAGUCCCGGACCACAGUCCCGGACCACAGUCCCAGACCACAGUCCGGACCACAGUCCCGGACCACAGUCCCGGACCACAGUCCCGGACCACAGUCCCGGACCACAGUCCCGGACCACAGUCCCGGACCACAGUCCCGGACCACAGUCCCGGACCACAGUCCUAGACCACAGUCCCAGACCACAGUCCCAAACCACAGUCCUGGACCACAGUCCCAGACCACAGUCCCGGACCACAGUCCUGGACCACAGUCCCGGACCACAGUCCCAGACCACAGUCCCGGACCACAGUCCCAGACCACAGUCCCAGACCACAGUCCCGGACCACAGUCCCAGACCACAGUCCCAGACCACAGUCCCGGACCACAGUCCCGGACCACAGUCCCGGACCACAGUCCCGGACCACAGUCCCGGACCACAGUCCCGGACCACAGUCCCAGACCACAGUCCUAG